AUGGCUUGGGGCGAUCUUCCCCCCGAGGGCCAGACAUUGGACUCCCUAGGACCUGAUUUGCGCAACGGAUUGACUGCGGUUACUGUUCUGGCUUCCAUUUCCUUCUUUUCUGCCAGCGUUCUCUUUUUCUACCUCGUCUACAAGCUCACCACAUGGAGUCUUUUCAUCAAAUCGCAGUCCGCUGGACAUCUACACGAACACACUGGACCGAUUCAGAGGGCCAUUGACUUUACACUGGGCAUUGAUGGGAUAUUCUCCGAUAACAAUGGCGAGUCCAACAAGCAAGAUGGCGAAGUCGCACCUCGACGACCGAACCAGUUCCUAGUCCUUAUCAUCAACCUGCUCCUCGCCGAUAUGCACCAAGGAGUAGCCUUUUUCCUCAACGCCGUCUGGCUUCGCCACGAUUCUAUCCUUGUCGGAACAGCGUCUUGCUAUACCCAAGGUCUUUUUGUGUCGCUUGGAGAUCUGGCUUCGUCCAUGUUCAUUACUGCAAUUGCUGUCCACACGUACCUGGCAGUGGUCAAGCGACGACAAACACCACAAAACGUCUUAUAUGGCGUUAUCGUUGCUAUCUGGGUAUUUGUCUAUGCUAUUUCUCUUAUUCCCAUCGCAGCCACGCGCAAUGGUGCUGAGUAUGGAGGUUUCUUUGUCCGCGCUGGAAGUUGGUGCUGGAUGAAUAGAAAGUACGAAAACCUUCGACUAUUCACCCACUAUCUCUACAUCUUCCUCGGUCUUGGUACGACAAGUAUUCUAUACCUCAUCAUCUUCUUUCACAUUCGACGUCAAGCCUCCUUCGAGGCUUCGGCCUCGGAGAACGAAGGCGACGCUGCGCAUCUGCAACUCAGUCGCAACCCAGCCUUCCUAAUCUACCCUGUCAUUUAUGUUCUGUGUACUCUUCCUCUCGCAGCUGGCCGAAUUGCCACCAUGGCUGGUGCACACGUUCCGAAUGGGUAUUUUUGCUUCGCAGGCGCCAUGAUCGCGUCCAACGGCUCCUUCGAUUGCUUACUAUUCGGCACCACACGAAACACCAUCAUCUUUGCAUCCAAGUACGACAUUUCUUGCAACGACGUUGGAUUGAGUACAUUUGCUUUCCUCAAAACGCCCACCAACAGAAAAUUCGGAAAUACCAUCUCGAUCCAAGGAGGACGACACACAGACGAGGCCGCUGUUACUGGAGGAUGGUGGACUUGGCCUGCCAGAGCAAGUGGCUCGGAGAAUAGAAGUCGGAAAGGCAUGACGCGCACGACGAGUCAAGAGUCAUUGAGAGGACCAGCUAUUCAGAUGGACACCAUCACAUCGGUGGUGGUCGAGCAUGAUGACUCUAUGGAGAGAGACCCAAGAUACCCCGAUACAGCCGGCAGCUCCAAUCCAUCACUUCGAAGUACAGAAAAAGAGUACGCAAAAGUCUUGGAGAGUAAUUUGGAUGCGCAUAGGUAG